AUGAAUGAAACUACAGACAAACUUAACUCUUCUCUUAUUCUUCCUUUCAGCAAAGAUUAUGAAUUCUGUUCAAAUGGUGUGUAUUUCUAUUGUGGAAAGAUGGGUUCAGGUAAGACAUUUAACCUCAUUCGUCAUAUACUCAUAACAGAGCGUUUAGGAAACGACU